UGUUGUUUCCAAACACAGAAAAGUGACGCCAUUUUCGCUCCACAUCGGGGAGUGAAAAUUCGCAAAUUUACCAGUGAAAAUUCGUUUUAAUCCCGUUGAAAAUAUGCUCUAAACAUGGAUUCCGCCUUCCUGCAGUUCAUCGAGGUGGACAACUUCAAGUCCUACCGUGGCAAGGUCACGAUCGGACCGCUGAAAAAGUUCUCCGCUGUCAUCGGCCCAAAUGGAUCGGGAAAAUCCAACUUUAUGGAUGCCAUCAGUUUCGUGAUGGGUGAGAAAACCACCAGUUUGCGAGUGCGGAAACUGAACGAAUUGAUUCACGGAGCUUCGAUUGGGCGUCCGGUUUCAAAUCGCGCAUCCGUGAUGGCCAAAUUCAUCAUCACCGAUCAGGAGGGGAACCAGACUUCGAAAAGCUUCCAGCGUUCGGUAAUUGGAUCCUCAUCGGAGUAUCGAAUCAACGGAAGCGUCGUUACGACGAAUGCUUACCUCCAGGAGCUGGAGCACAUAGGAAUCAACGUGAAGGCAAAGAACUUCUUGGUUUUCCAAGGUGCCGUCGAGAGUAUAGCAAUGAAGAAUGCCAAGGAGCGAACUGCGCUGUUCGAAGAGAUCAGUGGUUCCGGGUUGUUGAAGGAGGAAUACAACAAGUUGAAGCACGAGAUGCAGAUGGCAGAGGAAGAGACGCAGUUCACGUACCAGAAGAAGAAGGGAAUUGCGGCCGAGCGGAAGGAGGCCAAAUUAGAAAAGCAAGAAGCCGACCGGUAUGCGCGGUUGAAGGACGAAUAUGCCGAAAAGCAGAUCCAGUACCAGCUCUACAGAUUGUAUCACAAUGAGAAAGAAACCAAGCGACUGUAUGAAGAUAUGGAAAGCAAGCAACAGGACUUAACAUUGAUCGAAAAAAAGAAAGAGGAAGCGGAUGAUGUGUUGAAGGAAAAGAAGAAAGAGGCAGGCAAGACUGCUAGAGAUUUGGCUAAAAAUGAACAGGAAAUCCGCGAGGUAGAGAGUGAAAUGAGCAAGAAACACCCAAUGUUCAUUAAAGCUAAAGAAAAAGUGGCUCACACCAAGAAGAAACUCGACAGCGCCAUGAAGACUUUGGAGCAGGCUCGAAAAGCCGACGAAGCACAUCAAGCCGAUAUCCGUAAGUUGGAAGAUGAACUGAAGGGCAUCGAAGCCAAGAUGAAAACCUUCGAAGAUGCAAUCGCUGGAGAAUCGAAGAAGCGUGGCAGCAAUGUCCAUCUGGAGCAGAAUUUGGUACAGGAGUACGAUCGAUUGAAGCAGAAGGCGGAUGCUACUUCCGGCAAAUACUUGAUCAAGUUGGAUUCUGUGAAUCGCGAGCAAAAAUCCGAUCAAGAUUUGUUAGACAGUGAGAUCAAUAAGAAGGCUCAGAUAGAGGAAAAUUACAAAAAGUACGAAUCGGAGAGGAACGAAGCCGCGAAACGACAGGAGAAACUAAUCGAUCAUAUAAAAGCAAGCAAACAAGCAUUGGAAGAGCAGAACCGCUUGAAGCAAGAGCUCAGUCAGGAUGUUGGUUCGUCGAAGGAACGGAUACUGGAGCUGCAAGCCGAGCUGGAUGACGUACGAGAGCAGCUGGGCGAUGCCAAGAUCGACAAGCACGAGGAUGCUCGUCGUAAAAAGAAGCAGGAAGUGGUCGAGCUGUUCAAACAGGAAGUUCCGGGCGUUUACGAUCGAAUGAUCAACAUGUGUCAGCCGACGCACAAGCGUUACAACGUGGCCGUAACGAAAGUGCUUGGCAAGUACAUGGAGGCCAUCAUUGUCGACACGGAGAAGACCGCUCGGCGGUGCAUUCAGAUUUUGAAGGAGAAAAUGCUGGACGUCGAGACGUUCCUUCCGUUGGAUUACUUGCAGAAGAAACCUCUUAAGGAGCGGUUGAGGAAUAUUGAGGAUCCACGUAACGUCAAGUUGAUCUACGAUGUGCUCAAGUUUAGCCCUCCGCAGAUCGAACCAGCCGUACUGUUUGCCACCAACAACGCACUGGUUUGCGAAACUCCGGACGACGCUAUGAAGGUUGCGUACGAAAUCGACCGCAGUCGGUAUGAUGCGUUGGCACUGGACGGUACUUUUUAUCAGAAAUCCGGUAUCAUUUCUGGCGGUAGUCACGAUUUGGCACGUAAGGCCAAGCGCUGGGACGAGAAGCACAUGGCCCAGUUGAAAGCACAGAAAGAGAAGAUAACGGAAGAACUGAAAGAGGUCAUGAAGAAGACGCGCCGUCAAGGUGAAUUGACCACGGUUGAAAGUCAGAUUCGAGGCUUGGAGAACAGGCUCAAAUAUAGCCAGAAUGAUCUGGAUGCCUCGAAGAAGAACAUCAAGGAGUACGAUAAAAAAUUGGCUCAACUCCAGUUGGAAUUGGACCAAAUCGGUCCCAAGAUCAGUGAGAUCGAACGUCGCAUGCAACAGCGUGAUCUGAAAAUUCAGGAAAUUAAGGAAAACAUGAACAACGUUGAGGACGACGUGUAUGCCGAGUUUUGUGCCCGCAUCGGGGUGGCCAACAUCCGUCAGUUCGAAGAACGUGAGCUGGUGCUGCAGCAGGAGAGGGCUAAGAAGCGUGCCGAAUUCGAGCAGCAAAUCGAUCGUAUCAACAACAAUUUGGAGUUCGAGAGAUCGAAGGAUACGUCCAAAAACGUUACUCGCUGGGAGCGAGCGGUUCAGGAUGAUGAGGAUUCUCUGGAAACGUUCAAACAGGCAGAAGCACGUCAACGGCAGGAAAUCGAGAAGGAUAAGGAGCGCAUAGAGAAGAUGAAGGUUGACAAGGCCGCCAAAAAAGCAGCCGUUGACGCCAUGGAGGAAGAGAUGGCCAAAGCUCGUCGGGACGUCCAACAGCAAGCCAAGGAGUUGGCAGCUGUGCAUCAGCAAAUUGCCGGAAUCGAAAGCAAAAUUGAAACGAUGAAGAAUAAACGGCACAACCUGUUGAUGCAGUGCAAGAUGGAUGCAAUCGAAAUUCCGAUGAAACGCGGCAAAAUGAACGACAUCGUUGAGCAAACGGGUGGCAACGAGUCGGAAACGACACCGCUUAGUACAAUCUACGAACGGGAAGCGAAAAUCGAAAUUGAUUACAGUUCCCUGCCGAAGAAUCUGACGAAUCCAUCCGAACCGGAUCAAGUGAAAAAAGUCGGCGACGGUCUGGCUAGGGAACUCCAGUCGAAGUUGGACACUCUGGAGAAGAUUCAAACGCCAAAUCUCAAGGCAAUGCAGAAGCUGGAUCGCGUAACGGAGAAGAUCCAAACUACAAACGAAGAAUUCGAGGCAGCACGGAAGAAGGCCAAGAAAGCGAAAGCCGCCUUCGAGAAGAUCAAAAACGAACGAUGCACUCUGUUCACAAACUGCUGCAACCACAUUUCCGAUGCAAUCGAUGGUAUUUACAAGCAACUGGCUCGCAAUGAAGCGGCUCAAGCGUACCUCGGUCCGGAUAAUCCGGAGGAACCGUAUCUGGAUGGUAUCAACUACAAUUGCGUAGCCCCGGGAAAACGAUUCCAGCCCAUGAGUAAUCUUAGUGGUGGUGAGAAAACUAUCGCUGCCCUAGCACUGCUGUUUGCCAUCCACAGUUUCCAACCUGCUCCCUUCUUCGUGCUGGAUGAGAUCGACGCAGCGCUGGACAAUACAAAUAUCGGUAAGGUGGCUUCCUACAUUCGAGAGAAGUGUACGAAUCUGCAAACGGUGGUCAUUUCGCUGAAGGAAGAAUUCUACAGCCACGCCGACAUUCUGAUCGGAAUUUGCCCCGAGCCGGCCGAAUGUCUCGUUUCACAAACUUUGAUCUAUGAUUUAGAACAGUUUACACCCCAUUCCUAGAUGUGUGGCGGAUCAAUUGAGUGUUACACUUACAUUUCUAAUAUACGGUAUCUAUGUCUACUUCA